AUGAAGAAGGUCGGCCACGCCCCUGACCCCGACGCGAUCCCGACGCUAGCCCAGCUCGGCGUCGAGCUCCACCCCGACACCCUCCACUUUGUCGAGGACCCCCGUGCGCUCGCCGACGCUCUGGGCGGGAACAGCGUCAUCAAUGUGUUUCGCAACCCCAUCGUCUUCCUCGCUGCGCUUUGCGCUUGCGUGGGCGGUCUCAUGUUCGGCUUUGACCAAGGUAUCCUCUCCAUCGUGCUCACGAUGAAGCAGUUCCUUGGGGUGUUCCCCGAGACCGACAUCAACGUCACUUCAAAGGCCGGACUCAACAAGGGUGUCAUGACCGCGCUUCUCGAACUCGGCGCGUUCCUUGGCGCCUUCAUGAGUUCUUUCGUGGCGGACAGAUAUUCGCGAAAGAUGAGCAUCGUGUUCGGCUCUGUGUGGUUUGUCAUCGGUAGCAUCCUCCAGGCCGCCAGUUACAGUUUCGCGCAGCUCGUUGUAGGCCGCUUCAUCGGCGGUAUCGGCGUCGGAGUCCUUUCUUCGACAGCGCCAAUGUACAUUUCGGAGAUUGCGCCUCCCAACAUUCGCGGCGCGUUCCUCGUGCUCGAGGCAUGGUCGAUCGUCUUUGGCGUCGUCGUCAUGUUCUAUAUCACGUACGGUACUCGGAACAUGAACAACGACUGGUCGUUCCGUCUCCCUUUUACCAUACAGAUGGCACCUAUCGUCAUUCUCGCGGGGCUUCUCUUUUUCCUCCCCUACUCGCCCCGCUGGCUCGUCCAGGUGGGACGCGACGAGGAGGCGCUUCAGAGCCUCGUCCGCCUCCGCCGCCUUCCUGCAACCUCUCCCAUCGUCCAGGCGGAGUGGAUCACGAUCCGCGCAGAGGCCAUUCGAAACCGCGACGUGCUCGUCAAGGGGCACCCCAAGCUUGUCGGUGACGACAUCAAGAGCGUGCUCAAGAUGGAGGCCGCGAGCUGGGUCGACAUGUUCCGCCCGGGGGUUAUCAAGCGUACUAUGAUCGGCGUGGCACUCAUGGUUUUCCAGCAAUUUACAGGAAUCAAUGCACUCAUCUACUACUCGCCGACCCUCUUCCAGCAGCUUGGCCUCGAUUACGAGAUGCAGAUCACAAUGAGUGGCGUGCUGAACUGCACGCAACUCGCGGCGGUCACAGUCGCCUUCCUCUUCCUCGACAAGGUCGGCCGCCGCCCGCCCCUUAUUCACGGGGCGUGGAUGAUGGCGGCUUCACAUUUUAUUGUGGCGGCCAUGAUUGGCGUAUACGGCAAGGACUGGGCAGCGCACGGGACCCAGGCGUGGGUUGGCGUUGCUUUCAUCCUCCUCUUCGUCUUCUCGUACGGCAUGGGCUGGGCACCGAUACCCUGGACCCUGCCCGCCGAGGUGCACUCCUCGAGCCGCCGCGCUAAGGGUGUCGCGAUCACCACUUGCACAAACUGGUUCUGUAACUUUAUUAUCGGCCUCAUCACUCCGCCCAUGGUCCAGGGCACAGGCUUUGGCACCUUCAUUUUCUUCGGUUUAUGGGCAGUUGGAGCCUUCGUGUGGGCAAUCUUAGUCCCCCCCGAGACCAAGGGCAAGACGCUUGAGCAAAUCGACGCUGCAUUCCAUUCGCACGAUGCAGCCGACGAGGUGGCCGCCAAGCGCGCGAUCCUGAGCUCAAUUGUUGGCACCGACUACAGUCGCAACAACUCUAAAGAUGAUCGGGAGUGGGUAGAGAGUGCUUAA